UUUCUUCUUUUUGGAUAGCUGCUUUCUUUGUAACUUGUAAAGCAGGUGGCAGGUGUAAUAUCUAGAAGACUCCUUUUCUCAUUUGAACUUACAGUAAGUUAGAAGGAGGGAGACACGUUGUUGCAGACUCCUAGUGGGAGAGAUCCUUCUUAUUAGACCUUCCUCCCCACUGUGUCUUCAUAAAAAAACCUGGUGUUUAGUUUGUUCAUUUAGACUUGGAAAUGGCAUUUUCUCUUUAAAAGUCUCAAAUGGUACAACUAGAAACAAAGAAAAUCUUAAGAUGUUGAAAAGGGUAUUUCAGCUCAUUCACAAAACAGUUGGUAGCUCUGUUUCUCAAUAUCUGCUAGCUAUGGUGAGGGUAAGGUCUAGAUCUUGAUUGCCACAAAAAACCACUGAUAAUAGUUUAAGGACAUCUGAUUUGUUCACUCCACCUCAUGGCAGUUUUUAAUCAAAACUCAUCUUAAGUCAAGGUUUAGUUUAGAAAAAUUUUCCCAAUAUUUCCAUGUAAUCUAUUUUUAAAUGAAUUUCAGAAGAAGCUCUUGACCCAUAAACGGAAGCAAGAGGGAGAAUACAUGAAGAAACAUGGUUGUGAGACAUUCAGUCCCUAGAAGUUUGUACAAACAUCAGAGUUUCUGGUGUAUUACAGAGACGUGGCUUGAAUUCUGAGCUGUAGAGACCUCCAGUUUUCUUUGAUGAUACCAUUAUAUCUCAUAAACAAACAGACCCAAGCUAAAUCACUUUUGAUAUAAGCCUAACCUUAUGACUUAUAUAGUGGAUGCUUCUCUCUCAGUGUAAGUCAUCUAUGAUGAACAAUAAACUUUUUGUCCUCUCUGGGAUUAAUAGCAUUUCAUAUCCCACUAAGAUUUUGACCAUUUUUAUGUGGUGAAAGACUUUCUAUAAAAACAAUAUUUCUUCCCGUUAAAAUUCUAUUCUGCCUAAAUAUACAUGUUCUUCAAACAGCUGUGUAAGAUUAAUAUUGCCAUAUUCAAUUCCUGACAACUUGUGCCUUAAGAGGACUCAUAUGGUCAUUUAUAAUUCCUGCUUUUGAGAAUCAAAUCCAAGUUCUAUUUUGAGCAUUUUCACUAAUCCAUUAUACUCUGGCAGAUCCUCUUGGUUUUCUGAGCCUACUUUUGUAGAUAGGAGAGUACAAGUUAACUUCUACAAGUGUUUUGAUGUUUUAAAUCACUAACAUUUGGCAAGUGCUCCAAGAUCUUUCAAUGGCAAUUGCUAUACAAUGCAAAAUAUGUAAAUGUAAAACAAACAAGUGAACAAAAUCCUCCUGUCCUCCAUAGACUCUUCGCUGUCCAAGUAAUAAAAUUAAGGAUAUUCGUCACAUAUAAUGGAUUUUAAUGCCCUUGAGUUUGGAAGGCAUCUCUCUUCAUAAAAGCAUUAAGGUCUUUCAGACAUCAUUAUGUCUUUUUAGUGCGUGGAGAAAGAAAAAGGAAAAGUUGUCUUCUUGCUGUCUCCUGUACCUGUUCCCCUCUUCCACUUUAUUUAAGGAAAACCCUAUGCUAUGCAAAUACUUUCUUAGUUCAGCAUUGUCAGUUGCUUUCUAUUGUUCAAUCACCUGGCAGGUUUCCCCCCCACAAUGUAGUCUCUUGGCGAUGUGACUAUAACUUGUUGAUUAAUCUGUGUAUUCCUCUGAUUUAUCCUCAUUUUUCUCAACUUAAUGCUUCCCUUUCUCCUGAUUAAAUAAUCUGUUCUGAUUUAUAGCUGAUUUUCUAAAGUAUUCCAGAAGCCAUGUGCAUUCCUAAUUUUUUUACGGACCAGCUGUGUGCUUUGAGUGAACUAUGCAGUGCAAUAGCUUCAGCGUUAAGGCCUUUUCUGGAUCAUGCAGCAUAUUUCAGUAAUUAAGUAUUGAUGCUUUUAGCUUACUGGAGCUUCCUAUCCUAUGAGUAGAGCUACACAUUUCAGCUGCUUAAUUUCUACCAACUGCAGUUAUCAAGUAACAUUGCAAAAUGUUCAAAGACUUUGCUGAAAGAGCAAUAUUCUUUAGAGAUUGCUAGGGUUUAUAACAUAUUUAAUUUGUUCUUUUUUGCAUAAGGUGGUGAUUAGGUCACAUAUUGAGCCCUCUGACCCUACUAUGUUAUACUGGGGAAAAUUUCAUUGUUAUUUCAAAAUUUAUUUGUGAGCACUGGGCUAUUGAGAAAAAGGUAUAGAAAUGAAAAGAAAGGGGGUUUUGUAUUAUAGGUUUUUCUUUUAACAUAUAAGAACAGAAAGACUUAAGAAGGGGAGUAAAGUUCAACAGACAAGGUCAAGUGCAGUAGUGAAUUGGGCUCACCUACCUCAGUAGAAGCAUGACAGCCUUUUAAUGGUUAGUACCAGUGAACCUCAUGUGAGGUCAGCAGAGACUGUAUGUUUUAUGUAAGAGGGAAUAUUUGAUCUUUUCUCCACUUCUAAUAACAAUUUGCUGUUUUAUUCAGAUCCUGAAGCUUCAUGCCAUUAGCAGAAGAACAGGCAAUAAAAAAAUUUUACUUAAUUUCUGAGCACAGGUGGAUGAUGAAAGUUUAAGCUCUCCCAGUUGCCAAUAGGAAAAUUGUAGGAACACUAUAUGAGUGCAGAGAAGGGAUUCGUUACAGGUAACUUGAGUUUUUCUAUGCUUUCUGUGUACUUCUCUUUCUUAAGCAGAAUGGGCUUUCUGAACAACGCUUUAUUUAUUAGAUUACAAAGUUAUUUUCACUAGUUCCCAUCAGUCCUUUUACUUUGGUUGCAUGCAGUCUGGCUAGGACGAAACCUACCAAUGGCAUAAUGUGAAUUAAGGGAGGAAAUACAGACAGUAAGAAAGAUCAACACAGGAUCCAGUUCUGAUUAAUUUGAUUUUGAUCUUCCCUUCACUCCUCUUAAAGAGCCUGGCACUGAAUGUUGCUUAAGCCAUCUUAAACCUACAGAUACUUAAUUUAGCCUGGGAUGAAUGUAAGAUUUUAUUUCCAGGGAAAGACUGUAAAGGUAUCAAGAUCAGGAUGGUAGGGAGCACACUGGAGUAGUGCACAUUGAAGUAGUGCUAGGAAAUGCCUAUUUCCUGUAUGCAUUUGCACCAAAGAUUCUCAAGAGAGUCCAGCUGGGACAAAUGAUAGUGCUGAAAAAGGAGCAGCAUAUGUUUCUGAUAUUUCUGUGGAUGCACUGUUAAUGGAGACUGAUGAGUUGCAUACCACUGUGCAGCAUGGGUAGUUCUGUUUUGCAGAAAUGCUUUCAGCAUCUUUAAACCUUGGAUACCCAAGUGCCUGCCAGUAUCAGAAGCAUCUAUUUGGUGUGACUCACAUUUUAUCUUACUUUUUUUCCCAGAAAGAAAUUGUGAGUAUAGUUUUGUGUUUUCCCUUGGAUUUGGCAUUUUGUCAAAGAUGUGUUGUUUUGUGACAGAGAAAGAAAAUAUUGCUGCCCCCGGAGUAGAGAGAUGAGACUGUUUGGGACUCAUCCCUGGAAAAACUCAGUCUGUGCCAGAGAUGAAAUUUACUCUUUUAGAAAGUAGUUCCACUGUGCAUAGGAGAGCUGAGCUGUUGACUAGCAGUUUACCUCUCACACCCACAGAGCUGACUAUUCUCAAGUCUUUUGGUUAAAAUUCAGCAAAUACUAUUUAAGGAAAAAGGACUCAUUGGAUAUUUGUGACUAGAGCAUGUGAGAGCAAAUACACUUGCACACACACACAUUCUGAAGGCAGAGAGAGAUGGGUGUGCAUUGCUGCAAGUGCUGUAUCAUCUGAUUUGGUGCCUGCCUGAAAACAUAAUCUUGACUGUUUAAAAUUGGUACACAAAGUCAGUGGCUAUGGUCACACUGUGGUUACUGUAAAUCCUUCCCAGCGCAGACCACCUUCAUCUGAGCUCUGGCAUUUUCUUGGAUAUCUGCUGUGUAAAAGAGCUUUUUGACAGAGCCCCAACAAGCCACUUAAUUUGUCUUUUAAACACUUUACCAAAAGGAAAACAAAGGAAGCUGAACCAUCCAGAGAAGACAGGGUGGUCUAAUAGUUGGAAGUAGAGCACUGGGAACCAGGAGGAUUCUGGUUUCUAAUCUGUUUGAGCUGCUGCUUCAGUCCUUGACCUUCUCGUACUUUUGUCAACAUGCCUAGAAAAUGGAGCACAAAACUAGACCUUGAAAACUUGAUACUGCGUCUGUGUUGAAACUUCCUGUAUAAAAAAUGUUAGGAGGAAAUGCCAAGGAUCUGAUUUUUCAGCGAAUCUGAUUUUUCAGCAUAUCUGCUUUCUGUGCUGUGUUUAGCCUGUUGCCCUACAGUCUGUGAUAUGCUGCAAUGCUUUCCAAGUGGGGAGCUGUUUCACCUGCCGCACUCUGAGUUUGAAGGUCUUGUGCUGGCUCUGCAGUAGCCAGCAGGCUCUGUGGAGUGACUUUGCUGCAGAAUGACAGCCUUAAGUCUAGAUUUCCUUGCUUUACAGGGAGUUUCAAAUUUGUUUUUCUUCAAAUAAGAAAAUGGUUUAUUGUGUAACAGGUAGAAUGGCUAUGACAAGAGGGAUGGAAAAAAUAAAGUCAGUCCAGUAAAACUAUGUAAAAGCUGUAACAUCAGCCAACCAAAGGAAAGAAGGUUCCUGAAUCAGGCUGUGUUUACUUCAAACACAGCUCACUGUGCCUCGCUAUUUCAGUACAUAUUGUGUGUGGUAUCCAGCUAUUUUAAAGAUAAGAUCAAAUUCACAAUUCGGAUCAAAAUGUCUCUCCCAACUGUGAACUUAUUAAGCAUUACUAAGAGUCAUAAUGGAAGACCAUGGUCUGUGUGGUGCUGUAUGUGAUACUGCAUAAGGAUAAAUAUUUGUCAGGAUGUCCAAGGGCAGUGUGAGCCUCUUAUAGAGCUCAAGAGAAUUCAUCUCUUCCAUUUUCUUGGCAUCCUUUGGCUAGGAAACUUUUUCAGAUGGACUGAAUUUAAUAAGCAUUGUGGGAUAAGCAGAGAAGCGAAAAGAAUGAGUAAGAAAUAGGGCCACUAUAGCUGCUACCUGUAUGAGGGGAAAGGAAUCUUUGUAGGUGUGCACAUGAUAAGCCUCCUGUAUGCAUGUACCACACUGGUGCUAUUGAUGCAGAGGGUGGCUGGCAGAAGGAAAACUGCAGUCUAUUUAAUCGACCUCCUUUCCUCUUCUGCCCUUAUUGCUGUUGCUGGCUUCUUUACUGAGAAAAUGAACUAUAGUGGCAUUGGGAAACCCCUGCUCAGUAAGCUGGAGUCCUUCAUAUUCUCUGCAGGAGAAAGGUAGCUGUAAGUUUGUACGUACAUAACAAACCAACUUAAAAUGCUCACAAUCUCAACUGUUUGUUUUUAAAAUUAAACAGGUUCCAUUUAAAGACAUGUAUAUGUCAACAAGUACGUGUUUGCAAUAGGUCCCAUGAAAGUAUUUUUUCAAAGCCAAAACUGGAUUUUCAUCAGACCUGUUGCCCUGUGACAACUGCCAUGAAGCAAGCCCCAGCACCAUCACUGCUGGGUUGGCUACUUACCACACAGUAGCCCUACAAAGGUGCAGCUGUGGUCCUUCCUUCAUCAGUGACAAGUGCAGACACUCUGUUGGAAGACGCAAUACAUGGCAUUAGAUGCACCAGGGUAGAGAGGAAGUGAGGAAUCCUGACCACGAGAUGUUUGGAAAACAUAGAGUUAACAUUAGCUUAUUCACAGCAAACACAUGUUCCCAGGUGCUGACAGAAAGGUCUAGCUGUUGGGACAUUCUGCUUUUUGGGGCAAGUUUGGAGUUUUGGGGUUUUUUGUUUUGUUUUUUGUUUCAGUCAGAGGAAAAAAAAACCAAAACUGAGCCUGGAGAGGUUUCUCUCCUGGUUGUGUUCUCUAGAUGUCUGUUGGGUCUUUUCUCUCUUGUGGGUGAAAUCUUGACUAGUAUGGGAUUUUACUUUACUUAUGUUUUUAGCUUACCUUGUGUCCACAAGUAAAGUGAGAGGCAGGCAGUAUCUGCAGUCUGCUGUGGUGACAUUGCCAGGCUGGUAAUACAGGAAAUGUCAUGAUGUACUGUGCGCAUGAUAUUAAACACCUAUCUUUCAUCUUAUUUGAGCAAAACAAUGAGCUUUUUGUACUCAUGCAAUUACUGCUUACCUAGCCUCUUGUUGCAAUGUGUUUGUAUUCACCUGGAAGGCUUUUACUGUAAAGCUUCACAGUGCUGUUUCCAGGAAAGGCAGGUGGUUAUGACUCAAAGUGGGAUGAUACAAGCCUCAGGAGCCUGUGUAUAAACUGCAGCAUCUCUAGAUGUCAGUGUGCCACCAAAUGAAUGACAUUAUCAGUUGCAUCUGAAGGGCAGUGCAGGUGGCAGGAGGGAAUUGAAUACCUGGCAACUCAGUGGGGCAGGGAGUUUGCCUAGAUCUGUUCUAUAUGGUGUCACACUUACCACCAGUGCACAGGAUUAGUAACUCCUGGAUAGAGUAGGUCUCCACACUGAGUGAUUAAAUAGACCUGUACCUCCUAUACCUGCCAAGCCUAGAGCAUCAGAUAUCAGGUAACUGAGCUUUGAUUCCACAGACUUUUGUAAGUCUUGUCAUUUUAGCUUUUCUGCUCAAGAACAUAAAGAUACCAUCCAGCCACAGAGCAUACAGGUGAUACCCGCUGCACAAACUGCAGUUACGCUUUGUGAAGCAUACAUGCAGUGACAUGCUGCUGACCACAAACAUUAAGUGUGCACGGCUGCCAGAGACCAGCUGUGGGGCCCUUUGCGUGUCCUCUGCAACUGAGUGCACAGAAUCAGAUGAAUGUCUGUAGGUUGCGCUUAACAGUACCACCUGGUGAAGGCUCACAGCCUGAACAGGGAGCAAAGGAACCUGAAAGAAAGAAAAAUGAGCUCUACCAUGUACCAAAUGGCAUGUCUCCAGGGAAGCUCUCUCAUGGGAUGGUGUAUGGCGUUGUGCACAGAACUGACAACAACCAUAAGAGAGAAAUGGUGGUUUAUGGGUGGUCAGCUGAUCAGCUGAAAGAGGAGAUGAAUUACAUUAAAGAAGUGAGAGCAACUCUGGAAAAAGUAAGAAAGAAAAUGUAUGGUGAAUAUGAUGAAAUGAAACGAAAAAUACAGCAGCUUACAAAUGAACUGAAAGUGACAAAUGCUCAUCAGGAAUCCUUAGAGAAUCAUGUGCGAGUGCAGGCUGCAGCCUUAGAUAGCUUUAGUGAAAUGAACAGCUCCUUGACAUCAGCAUCAAUAGACUUGCAGAAAACUCUAGUGGAUGUUACAUUGGAGAACACUGAUAUAAGGGAACAAAUAAGGAAUUUAAAACAUACACAUGAGCAAUCUAUGGAAAAGCUGAGAGAGAAGCAAAAGCAACUGGAAACAGCACAAAUUGAAAAUCAGUUACUGAAAUUAAAGGUGGAAUCGUCACAGGAAGCCAAUGCUGAAGUCAUGAGAGAGAUGACAAGAAAACUGUAUAGUCAGUAUGAGGAAAAAAUGCGAGAAGAGGAGCAGAAACAUAAAGCUGAGAAAGAAAUCCUCCUAGAGGAAACGAAUCGGCUUCUGAAGGCUAUUGAAGAGGCAAAUAAGAAGAUGCAGAUUACAGAAACAAGCAUACAGGAAAAAGACCAGAGAAUUGGUGAGCUGGACCGUCUGAUUGAACGCAUGGAAGAGGAACGUCACCAGCUGCAAAAACAACUUGAACUAAAUGAAAUACAAAUGUCUGGAGCAAAAUCUGAAAACAACUGUGACAGUGAAAGGUCACAGCAUUUGGAGGAGGUAGCAGCUAGUCUAAGAGAGCGAAUCAAACAUCUGGAUGAUAUGGUCCACUGCCAACAGAAGAAAGUCAAGCACAUGGUUGAGGAGAUUGAAAUGCUAAGGAAGAAAGUAAAAGAAAAAGAAUUAUUUAUAAUACAACUCUUAGAAAAAAUCUCUUUCUUAGAAUGUGAGAAUAAAGAAUUACAAGAUAAAUUGGACUACUUAAUGGAAAACCAACCAAAGACCAAUAUAGAAACCAGAGAUACUGGUGUAGGAUGUGAUCUUCCAUACAGUACAAGUACUGAGAAUGGAAGAUCUCCUGAAAGUGCAAGGCCGGUGAGGACAUACACCCCAUUCAAGAGAGUGUUGGAAUUUAGCACAAAGAACAGUACGUCUUGAGCGUUCAGGUCAAUGUGCUUUCUAAAUACGAGCCAAUAUCUUGCGCCUUUGCAGCUUGAUUAGAUAAAUUUUUAUCAAGUCAUAGAGAAGAACAGCAGCAUGGAGUCUUGCUAAAUUUAUCCUGAAAGCAGCUCUUUAGUAACUUCGUAUCUGAAGUUUCUACUGACAUUAACUGUGAGGGGGUUAUGGAAGAACCAGGAUAGGUGAAACAGCAGUAAAUAUUGCUUCUUCAGAAGCUGUCUAGUGCAAUGUGUCAUUUCAAAUGCCUGUAAGGAAAGACUUGUAUAGCUGUACAGGUUUUUUUCUUCAAUUCUGUUGUAAUUCUGUUUGUGUAAUGAAGCUCUAAUAUAUUUUAUUUACAAUAUUACCAGAACCAGUAUCUGAAACUAUGCUGGCAGAUGGCAUUAGUCUGAAAGCUCCCCCUUUCUCUGUGUACAAAGUGUGAGGGCUGUUCACACCUGUCAUAGAGACCUGGUAUAGUUGAGGGCUCUGUUCACCUGGAAGAAGUUCACUCAUAACCAUCACUCUUUUGCUGGGAGGGAGAGAUGCAACUGGGCUGUUUUGAACAAUUCCCUCAACGCAUGCAGAUGAAUGUCAUGUUUGUUGCUCAAAACAGAAAGCGAUAGAGCAGAUUAUAAUGGAUUUUGCUUUGUUGGACUGAGGCACUGGUUUGCACUUCCUCAGUCAUGGGAUAGAGUGACUAUUGGUGAUACAUUCAAUAGCAGUUGUGUAGGGAAAUAGCUGUCACUUUUUUUUAUUUACUUUUCCAUUAGAGGAAGGAAUUUUCAUUGAACAGAAUUUUGCCUACAGCAACCUGCAGCAGUCUCUGCAAUUCCUAGAGCAAUAGCAAUCCUGAAUCAGGAUUUUGAUUUUUGAGUACUUUUUUUUUUUUUUUCCCCAAAACACUUAAAAAUCUUAUCCUUGACUUCAAAGUACCAGCAGGAAUGAUUCCAUCUAGUAGUGAACUUAUUUAAAUAUAAAUAGGGUAUUUUUUUAUAUCUUGUUUUGAUCUCCCAGUCUUAGUGAACUAAAAUGAAUUAUGAAUAUUUUCUUGUAGUUCUAUUAACAUGAAUGAAGGGCUUUUUUUUUUUUUUUUUUUGGUUACAGUAACUGCUAUGGAAAACAAACAACUUACAUUUUGGAUGGUUAAUACUGUUCUUGCAUUGAAUGUCAGCCCCAGGAGGUACUGACCUUGUCACAGGGCUUCACAAAGUGAUUGCUUUUAUCUCCAGUCUAAUGCAAGUUUUAAAAUUCAGUAGUGUCUGUUCAAAUUAAGUAUACUCAGUAGAGUUGUAUUUAAAAUAAUAAUAUUGACCUCAUAAUCCAAAUCUUAUUCCUACAUUAUUUCAUGGGUUUCUGAAUUUGUUAGGGAACUUUAUUCUGUAGCUGUGCUGUUUAACUACUAAAUAAAGAAGCCUGUAUUGGAGGAUGGAUUGAAGGAUGUUUUGAUGUGGUACAGGUAUCCUGCAGGAACAUGAAUUGCUUGAUGUAAUCAAAGCAUGUACAAAAUCAAAUGGGAAGCUCAGACUUCUCCAGCUUUGUGCUCAGAUCAUCCUCUGUUUGCACAUAAGCUAUUUUUUAACUCACAACCUGUUCAACUCCUGAGAACUUAAAAUGGUCAUUCUUUCUAAAAAGUCAAACACAGUAUUAUGAAUUGUAUUAUGCACAAAAGUCAAGAAAUAAUUGCAAUCAAAGCCAUUAACAAAAAGGUAAGUUAUCUACUGUGUGAAGGAAGCUUGUAAUCUUCACUGGUACAGAAGUUGCAAACAUUAACAGCUGCUCAGUGUUUCUUUUAAAAAGAAUAAUUAAAAAAUACAUCAUUAGUUUUAAUACCUCUAAAAGGAAACUGUUUACUUUGCACAUGAUGAGGGACUGCAAAGGAUCUCAUAGACAUCAAAAGGGCAAAGAAAACCCUCCAGCUGUCACAUCGGUAAACAGGCAUAAUCCCACACAUUUGCUUAAACAGCUAUUCCCAGAGAAGAGGUGCAAAACCUCUAGAGUGGGAAAGGCCUUGAAGAGAAGGUCCCUGAGAAUAAAGUCUGCUCCCUAUAAAAACAGUCCUCAGACAAAGCACCCCCUCAUUAUGCAAAGCAGAGAAAUUGUCUUGUACCUGAAUACCAAAGACAUGGAAACAGCUGAUACAUGGAGAAGCUGUGGUCUUAACAGUGCAUAGGGUAUUUUUGAUUGAAGUUUUGAUGCUUGAGUGAAUUUGGGAGACUGAGUUUGCUGAACCAAGUUCCCAAAUAACAGUUAAUGUGAUCAAUAACUAAAUGAAUUAUGAUUAUGAACAACUAAGAUCAUGAAGUGAAACUCUAAAAGAGAACACAUUUAAAUUGGAAGUGUAUGGAUGAACCCAAAAGGUGAUGACCCUACUCAUACUUCAGGGAUAAACUUUGUACUUGUGUUAUCAUAUCUCCCUCUAGUGGCUGAUAACAGCAAAUAUUUGGACAGUAUCUGUUUUUGAAGAGAAAGACACUAAAACCUAAUCCCAACUGGCCAUAUUAAUAUCCCUUAGGGAUGCAGCUUUAGUUCAUUACAUAAUGCCUUUUAGCAUUUUUUUGUGCCCAAAUAGUCCAUCUGUAUUUCAGGAAUUCUGAACCAUGGUUUGCAAAGGUUACCUUUAAACUUAAGUUGAAUGGAUGAAGGUGGUAUUUAUAGAUAAAAGGAAAUGCAUGGUGUUGUAAAAGAUGUUAACCGAUAAGUUGAAGUAAGUAAAAAUACUUUAUUCCUCUGGUUUUAGCCAGAAUUCAGAAAACAGAACCUGAGGACUGAGGUGCUCAGUGAAUGGUAGGAGAGGGCAGGAUGAAGUAUCAAAAUGUUUUGACAUAGACUUCAAAAGGAAGUUCAUUCCACUUCUGAUAUGCUCCUGAGGAUCUCCUCUGAAAAUACUGCGAGCUAUUUUAACUCUGAGACUUGCAAUAUUACGAUCGUCUGCUCAAGACUUUACCAAGACUGGAGCAAGGCAUUAAAUUUUUCCUGUGAAAGUUUUCUGUGUAAAUUCUGUCUUGACUAUUUGAUGAAAUAAGAUUUUUUUUUUUUUCUAAACCAAGUAAGGAUUGAAUUCCAUGCUGUAUUUUAAGAGCAUUUUGACAUGCAGUGAGCUGGAUGACCAUCAUUUGAUUGGACUACUGGUCUAAAUUUGUUAACUGUGAAGAAUGGGAGAGGAACAGUAUUUAUGUAAUUGUUACAUGAAAAUGUAGAGCUUUCCAGCCAAAUCAGCAGCAAUGUAAAUUAGCACAGAUAAUAACAAAUCUGACUGAAAAGACUGUAACACUUCAGUAUAAAUUUUGUAAAUUUGAGAUUGGGUUAAUUAGUACUAUAACAUUAGAAACUAGUAAAAUUUCUGUAAACAUCAAUAAAAGCCAUAUAGAUAGGUCCCAGAAAGUGCAUAAAUAUAAGUCAAUUGUAUGACUACAUUUGUACCACGAUAAGUAUUCUUUUGUGAUUUAUUCCAGAUACUCUGGAAAGUAUUUUGGGAUACAGUUUUCAUAUAUGCUGUAUAAAUAAUGCAGUUACGUUGUAUGCUUUUAAUACAUCCUGUAUGUAGGAUGUGAAAAGGAUAAAUUGCAAUAAAUAUUGUAUUUAAACUUUC